UAAUGCAAUUGCCAUCCCUAAGAAAUACUGAAAUAACCAGAAGACAAGGAAGGGUUAUCCACCCUUGUCAAGAUCUACUUCUAGCUGUGUAUUGUCACUUUAUUUUGGCAACUAGUAGGUCGAAAACCAAAUCAUUUCUACUCGUGAAAAAAAAGAAAAAGAAAAAGAACAAAAGAAAUUGGGUAUGAAACCAGAUCCGAACCCGAAUAGCAGCAGCAUAAAAUGACCAACCAUCCAACGUCGAUGCCCUCUCACAAAUUCUCUUUCGCAGUAUUGUCGUCUUUGUGACUUUCUGUUUUUUCUCUAUAUCUACAUCUCUAUAUCGCUUAAUCUUUUUUCCUCAUUUCUCGAUUCAAUCACCCGCUCGAAGCAUGAGCAGCGACCAAAAAACUUGUCCUCUCUGUGCUGAGGAGAUGGAUUUGACUGAUCAGCAGCUGAAACCUUGCAAGUGUGGUUAUGAGAUUUGUAUUUGGUGCUGGCAUCACAUUAUGGAUAUGGCGGAGAAAGAUGAGAUGGAAGGGCGGUGUCCAGCAUGUCGCACUCCUUAUAAUAAGGAAAAGAUUGUUGGGAUGGGAGCUAAGUGUGAAAGAUUGGUUUCAGAAAUGAAUAUAGAGAAAAAGCUAAAAUCACAAAAGGGAAAGAGCAAAACAUCUGAAGGGCGGAAGCAACUUAGCAGUGUACGAGUGAUCCAAAGGAAUCUUGUUUACGUUGUGGGGUUGCCACUUAAUCUAGCAGAUGAGGAUCUUCUCCAAGGCAAAGAUUAUUUUGGUCAAUAUGGAAAGGUGCUGAAGGUGUCUAUAUCACGGACAGCUGCUGGUGCUAUACAACAUUUUGCAAAUAGUACGUGCAGCGUAUAUAUUACUUAUUCUAAGGAAGAGGAAGCAAUUCGGUGUAUCCGGUCAGUACAUGGAUUUGUUUUGGAGGGUAGCUCUUUAAAGGCUUGCUUUGGCACAACUAAAUAUUGUCAUGCGUGGCUGAGAAAUGUGCCCUGCAGCAACCCAGAUUGUCUAUAUUUGCACGAGUUUGGCUUACAAGAAGAUAGUUUUACUAAGGACGAAAUAUUAUCCGCGUACACAAGAGUUCAGCAUAUCACUGAUGCCACCAAUAGUAUGCAACGCCGUUCGGGAAGUAUGCUACCACCACCAGCAGAUGAGUACUUCAAUAACAGCUCCGCUUCUUCAGGGAAGCCUUCAAGUGAAACUGCUACCUGUACAAAUCAGAAUUCAGUGAGCAGUGUUAGAGCUGCAGCAUCCAAUAGUGGAUCCGCUUCUCUUCCUGCUGGAGCCUUGUGGGGAAUUCGCGCUUCCCAUAGUCAGCCAUCAUCCACAAGUAUACCGUGUUCCACUGGAACACUUGAGCAGAAACCUGAUGGAUGCAAUGGUCCAGUGACAUUUUCUACUUCAGUUGCAAGUCCAAGUCGGAUUUCUACUUUGCAUGGUGAUACUGGCAAGAAGUUUGAUCCCAGUGAAGAAAGCAGCAAAGCUCAACAAAAUAGCAAACUGGAAAUUGUAGAACCUGUUAAAAAUAAAUUAAGAACAGAUACCAUAAAUACUGCUUCUGAGAGUUUUUCCACAUCUGCACUUCCUGUUACUUCACCUAUAAACAGGCAGCUAGAUGUUCACCUGACUUCCGAGGAUAAGGGUAGUCAUGCCAGCAAUUUACAUAAUACUACUAAGUUAUGUGAUCUAUCCCUAAAGUCUUGUGGACCUGCUUUGGACAAAGAUUCCUUGGACACCACAGAUGGAAACAUUGAGAAUGUAGCUUCUAAUAUUAUGUCAACAAGCAUUGCUAGAUAUCAACAAUUGCAGAAUGGCUACUCUGAGCACCUUAGAGAACCAUUGACUUCUCAGCUGGCUGGAAAAUCUGCAAAUUUGACCGAUGAGGUUUUUGUUGCAAAUAUUCAGUCAGAUCUGGGAUCAGGAAUGCAGACAGAAGUUCUGCAAAUUGACUCACGCGAGAUUCUAGCUGAUUUGUUAUCUUUUGAUAGGAAAAGUCCUGAGGCUCCUGCUAAUAGAAGGCAUGUACCAGAUUUCUCACACUCUUCUGGUCUUUCAAAGCAUUCUAAUAUUCAUUUUUCACAGCAUAAUAUUUCGGAUGGUGCAAUCAGUGUUGACCUGCAUGGGAAACUUGCGAAUAGAAAAGAAAAUUUACUAAUUCCAGCUUUGGGCGGUCCUAUUAUGUCUAAUGGACAUUCUAACAAUCUGAUUAAUACUUCUGAGUUUGUUAAUAAUGAUGAAUAUUCUUAUUCGUUUCCAAACAAGGAUAAUGGGUUGCUUUUAGGAAGAUUUGAAGGGGAAGUAGCCAGUGGAGGCCGUGAUGCUGCAGAUCAUAUUAGGGAGAGCAGAAUAAUAUCAAAUAUCAUGUCACUGGACUUUGACUCAUGGGAUGAGCCGCUGACUUCGCCUCAGAACCUGGCUAAGUUGUUGGGUGAAACAGGUAAACAGCAAGGGUCAUCCGGAAUGCCAAGUACAUUGAAAGUUCAGAGUAGCAAUCAAUCAAGGUUUUCUUUUGCUAGAGGGGGGGAACCCAGGAGACAAGUAUCAAACUUUGAACCAUCUGUCAAUUAUGUCGAACAACCCUUUAAACAGCUGCCUUUUGUACAUGAUUCCACCACCAAGAAUUUCCAUCUUGAGAAGUUUGGUAACUCCAAUGGUUUCUCUGCAUUUAAUGGUGUAGAAUCAGAUAUUUUUGCUGGCAGUCAUUCUAAUCUAUCUUCUGACAAGCUUUUGGUUUCAAAACCUCAGAUUUCUGCUCCUCCAGGGUUUUCAGUUCCCAGUAGGGCACCACCUCCAGGCUUUACUUAUUAUGAAAGGGCAGAGCAGAUUUCGGGCACACGCUCUGGAAAUCAUGAACUUGAUGCUUCCUUGUUAAGGAAUCAGUAUCAAGCACCACCAAGUGGUCAUACUAUCAAUAAUGGAGACUUUGACUUUAAGGAUCCUGCAAUUUUGGCAGUUGGCAAGGGGAUGCUGCCAGGUGGUCUGAACGGCCCAAGCUUAGACAUGAGAUCAAUUUUUUCUCCUCAAGUCACAUUUGAAGAGACAAGAUUUCAAUCUUUGUUACAAAGAUCUCUUCCUCUGCAUCAGAACCAAAGAUUUGCUGACGUGGGGGGUGGUUUUUCAUCUCUCGGGAAUGCUUAUGGAAUUCCUUCUGGGGUUGUGGAGCAAAGAUUAGUCAACAAUCGGUCUCCCUUUUCUCAAUCAACUAUCCCUCAGUCCAGAAAUGCAAUAGCGUCCAACGGUCAAUGGGAAGGGUGGAAUGAGGUGCAGGGUGGAAAUAAAUUGGGUAUGGCAGAUCUACUCAGGAAUGAGAGAUUGAGAUAUACUAAACUCUACAGUGGACAUGAAGAUUCAGAGAUCCGUAUGCCUAGUUCAGGCAAUCUUUAUAAUGGGACAUUUGGGAUUUAAUUUUAUUGAAGAGCCUUAUUCUGGGUGGUUGGUUACGUUAGUGGUGAAAUAGGAAGAUCACAUUUGACCCUGCCGUACUUGCAUUAAGGACUCGAUGCAUGGCUUUUAGAUGGCCUGAUAUCUGAUGCUUGUAUCAAAUUUAAUCUAACAGAGGGGUUCCAAGAACGCUUAAAAAGAUAAUGCAUGCCUGAUUAAAGUCAUAAAAAGGGAGUUCUGAUUGGGCUCCUUUCUGGUUGUUGAAGGAUCAAACUGUGUAACAAAGAGUUGUGAUACCUACAGUUCCCGUGAAUCAUGUGGAACGACAAAAUAUGUGCUGGAGACGUUUGUGUCCCUCUGGUUAACCUAGUAUCUCAACAUUUUGGUUUCAUAGAUGGAUUCUUUUGAUGAUGUGGUCAUCUCUUUCUCGGUUCAUUUACUAAUUCCAGGUGAAAGGAGCUCGAUUAUGGCUCCAAAGUAAAGGCUGCACAAGGGAUUUUGCACAUGAUUAAAUCAGCAGGCAAUCCUCCGUUUGGAGAGGAGAAUCAGACAAUUCCAUGCAGGUGGCUCUGCUUUCACAGUUUUCUUUGCAUAAAUUAUCUUGGGUUUCUCGUAGAGCUGUACCAAAUAAUUGCAGAGCAUUCAUGAUCUGCAUAGAUGAGUCGAAUUACUCCCAUCGCUUGGUUUUAAUGGUCAAAUAAAUUACUGUCGCGUUUUAUGUCAAGUUGUGUGUACAAUAAACAAAAAGUUUUUAGCUUCUUGAUUCGUGAAUCAA